AUGUACCUUUUCAUGAGAAACAAUAAAGCUUUCUUCUCCUUCUUCUUCUUCAUCUUGUUAUUUUCAUUCUCUCUGUUUCAACCUCUAUUUGCAGAUGUUGAUUCAAGAAUAACACCUCCACCAGAUGCUGCUGCAACACAACAACAAAUGAUUCGUACUACUUCGUUAUCAAAUCAUCUAGCAGCACCACCGCCACUUCUCUUACCAAAUUACAUGAAUUCUUCAGCACCGCCAUUCAAACCCAGCAUUGCUGUAAUUGUAGGUGUUUUGACCACAAUGUUUUCAAUCACCUUACUGCUGCUUCUCUACGCUAAACAUUGUAAACGUGCCCACAUUUACAAUAGUUUUAAUAACGGAGGCGGAGGAACAGGAGGACAGACAGCAGAAGCAAGAAAGAACUCUGGCAUUGAUAGAGCUGUCAUCGAGUCAUUGCCUAUAUUCAGAUUCAGCUCACUAAGAGGCCAAAAGGAUGGCCUUGAAUGUGCUGUUUGUUUAACAAGAUUCGAGCCACCAGAAGUUCUCAGACUAUUGCCAAAAUGCAAACACGCCUUUCAUGUCGAAUGUGUCGAUACUUGGCUCGACGCACACUCGACCUGUCCUCUUUGUCGUUACCGUGUGGACCCAGAAGAUGUUCUCUUGAUCGACCAAGACAAAGACCCUGCCACAACCACCAAUAUAUCAUUACCACCACCACAGCAACAAUCGACCGAGAUUCACGGAGGAGGUAGGAGAAUUUCGGGGAGGCAUUCGUCUGCUGGAGAGAAGGCAAGUGGUUUUGCUCUUUCGCAAAUUGUCGUGCAGAGACCGAGUGCAACUGAACAAACGACGUGGUUCGCGAGGAGGUCUUUAGAUAGUUUUAGCAUGAAAAAGAAUAAGAACAAUCAUAUUACUAGGAAUGAGUCGGUGGCCGUCGGAUGCUUUGACCGCUACCAGUCGCACCAAAGAAAAGACGGACUUCUUCUCUUGACCAACAACAGUAAUGGUGACGGUGACAGUGAUGGUGAUGAUCAUAGUCUUGAAUCAAGGAGAACAUCAACAGCAAGUGUAAAUGCAGGUGCAGGUGCAGGUGUGGACAAGACAAGAUUCGAGCACAGAAUCAUCGUCUCAGGAAAUGCAAGCGACGAAAGAUGGAGCGACGUACACCCGUCAGAUCUAUUAUAUCUACGGUCAGAAAUGAUAUUAAGUGACAACCGUAGAUUCUCAACGACCUCGGGAUCACGGCCGUCAGUAGGGAGGCGGCAACAUCAUCAAAAGCAGCAGAAUGCGGUGGUGAAAGGUCCGAGCAGUGAUGGCAGAAGUGUAAUAAAUGGAAGAAGCGUGUCGGAAAUCACGGGGUUGAACAGGUUUUUGGACAGAGAAAGCAAUAACAGCCGUCACCAUCGAGAACGACAGGCCGGGGUUGUAUCGAGAUGGUUGGCUUGGAUUUCGUCUCAGUCACACCCUGCUGUACGAUCCUUCCGUACUACUACGACUCCCUCUGACGCUGCCGUUUAGUACUUCUCUUUUCUAAUUAGUUGGCCCUUUUUCUUGAAAAGAAAUGCUAGCUUUAUUACAUUAUUUCAUUACUUCAUAGCAGCUCACACCAUCAAUUUUAGGAACACGGCCCCUUUUUUUUAUAUAUAUAAUAUUUUUUUUAUGUGGUUCCA